AUGGCUGAAGACAGUCAGUACACCAAGCGAGAAACAAGGAUGAAAGUUUGCGUGGACGCAGGCCAAGAGUUGUCGCUCCGCUAUGGUUGUCAGUUCUACGAGGUGUCGGCGGCCGAAAGCUACGCAGGCGUGUCGCUCGCGUUCCAGUCGCUGCUACGCGAGGCACGCAGCGUGCAGCUGUUGAGAGCGAUGCCCAUCCGACGCAAGCUGGGCGUCAACUCUGUCUCCAAAGUGCUCGGCACGAUUUUCGGACAGAAUAAGAGCCGAGAUCGCGGCAAGAAACGACCCUCGCUGUCUAUAUGACAUCGUGCAAGUUAUGAACUGUGAAAAUUUGAAGAACAGUUUUAUUGAUCGAGUUGAAUACAGUUAAAAAGUAGAAAAAAACCUUCAUAGAUAGAGUUGAAAACAUUUAUCGAUCAGAGAAACACUUUUAUUGAUUGAGUUGAAUACAGUUAUAUGACCUCGUUCAUAAUGAACUGUGGAAAUAUGGAAAACACUUUUAUUGAUUGAGUUGAAUACAGUUAUAUGACCUCGUUCAUAAUGAACUGUGAAAAUAUGGAAAACACUUUUAUAUAUUUCGAUUGAAUACAGUUAGAAAUCUGAAAACCCCAUUAUAGAUCAAGUUGAACACAGUUAUAUUUCUAUUGAUCGAGUUGAAUAGAGUUAUAGAUCGGAAAGACACCCUCAUAGAUCGAUUGUACACAGUUUUAGAUCAAGAAAACUGAUAUAAAUCGAUUCAAAUACAGUGUUUUAGAUCGAUAACAAUGUGAUGAGAUGUAAAUUAACCUCCAUAAGGCCGAUAAAAAUAUGUUUAUACAUAAAUUUUCACGUAAAGACGAACCAAAGUAUAAAAAAUACUUUUAUAUAGCGUGUUUAACUCAGUUGUAGGUCUAGAUGCUGAAACAAAUAAUAUUGUAUAAUGCAUAAAUAUAUACUAUGUACUAUAUAUUCAUAUUGUAUUGCAUUUUGAGCAAGUGAAAUAAAAUUUAUUCUAUUCUAUUCUAAAUUUGAUCGGAUUUGAUUGAAUGAUUCAGCAAUAUCGAAAUAGUUUGAUCCCGAAUGCCCGGUUGUAUUCAUCAAACUAAAUCUAACUAAAUAAAAUUGUUUGUAUUUCAAAAUGCAUAGUAUAUACAUAUUAUAUAGUCGAUAAUACAAGAAUAAUUUUGAAAAUAAAUCGUCAAAGACGAUACAUCGAAGCAGUACGGA